GGAAUACACAGACACAUGGCGACGCCGAUGGAGGAGGCGGCGGCGGCGCCCGCGCCCGCGCCCGCGCCCGCUGGUGGAGGCGGUGACGACGCGGAGAUGCCCGCCGCCCCAACCUCGGGCUCCGACUCGGACUCGUCGGACUCGGACGACGACGGAGCGGCCGGCGCCGACGAGCUCCGCAUCCAGGCCCUAGAGCAAGCCCUACAGGAGCAGCCUCUCGACUACGAGACCAACGUGCAGUAUAUCCAAUGCUUGAGGAAGUCAGGCAACAUCAAGAAGCUUCGUGCGGCAAGGGAAGAGAUGAACAAGUAUUUCCCGCUUCCGCCAAAGAUGUGGCAGGAGUGGGCGAAGGAUGAGAUCUCAUUGAGCUUGAGUGAUGAAUCUUUUGGUGAUGUUGAAAAGCUCUAUGAGCGUGGGGUGCAAGAAUAUCUGUCCGUUAAGUUAUGGCAGGAUUACCUUGAUUAUGUUGAAGAGCAUGAUCAAUUAGUGUCUCAAUGUUCACCAUCUGGCCUCUCCAAAAUGAGAGAUUUGUUUGAGCGCGCUAUUACUGCAGGUGGGCUGCAUGUCACUGAGGGCAGCAAACUAUGGGCAGCUUAUAGAGAAUAUGAGAUGGCCAUUCUUAUCACCAUAGCUGAUGGCAAUGAUGAGGAAAAAGCAAAGCAAGUUCAGUGUAUACGCACGCUCUUCCACCGCCAGUUAUCUGUUCCUUUGGCUGAUAUGGAAUCAACGCUUGCUGAGUAUAAGAGCUGGGAAGCCGAGCAAGGCAAUGCAAACGAUCCAGGUUCCGAUUUUGAUGGUGCUCCCUCAAAUGUCGUAUCUUCUUACAAAAAGGCCAAUGAUAUGUACAAUGCAAGGAAGCAAUAUGAGGAUCAACUAAGCAAUGUAGGCGCAUCUGAAGCUGACAAACUGCAGGAGCUUCUGAAAUACAUCAAAUUUGAGGAGGCUUUCGGUGACCCUGCUCGUGUUCAAGUUCUGUAUGAACGAGCUGUUUCAGAGCUUCCUGUUUCAAGUGAUCUAUGGAUGGAAUACACAAGUUACCUGGACACUACCUUGAAGGUGCCUUCUGUUCUCAGAAGUGUUUAUCACAGAGCCACACGAAAUUGUACAUGGGUUGGUGAGCUAUGGGUCCGUUAUUUGCUGUCUUUGGAGCGUAUUCGUGCUUCUGAAGAGGAGUUGCGGCAUGUGUUUGAACGGGCAGUACAAUGUUCGUUUCCAACCAUAAAAGAGUAUCUCGAUGUUUAUCUUACUCGAGUUGAUGGUUUAAGACGGAUGAUUUCAAAUGGAUUGGAUUUCCAACUGAUUAGGCAGACAUUCAUGGAUGCUUCUGAAUUUCUCUCACCUCAACUGGGAACAGAGGAGUUAUUACUCUUGUAUGCAUAUUGGGCCAAAUUAGAGUGUAAUCUUGGCAAAGAUCUAGCCGCAGCUCGUGGAGUUUGGGAAAACACUUUGAAAAAAAGCGGGUCUGCUCUUGAAGUCUGGCAACACUACAUUUCAAUGGAGAUAGAAAUGGGACAUGUACAUGAGGCGAGAUCACUUUAUAAGCGCUGUUAUAGCAAAAGAUUUGCUGGGUCUGGAUCAGAGGACAUAUGUCAUGCGUGGAUAAGAUUUGAAAGGGAGCAUGGCACCUUAGAUGAUUAUGACCUUGCUGUAAAAAAGGUCACUCCUCGGUUAAAGGAGCUUUCGGUGUUCAAAGCUCAACUGGAGGCUAAAGUUGAGGUUUACUCUGUCCGCAAUGAUACUUCUAAUGCAAAUGAUUCCUCUCAGAAAAGAAAACCAAAUAAAAUGACCAGUAAACAGCAGCCCCCUGCUAAGAAAAGGAAAGAGAAUCCACCUAAAAGCACUAUGUCAUCAGAUGACCAAGGAUCAAAGACGCAAAGCGGAAACCAUGGUGCUGUAGAAGUUGGAGAGGUCAGCAGGGAGAAGGUCGAGGCAUCGAUCGAAAUGAAAGUGGACGGUGACAGCCGAACAGGGAAUACAAGUUCAAAUGAAUCAAAGCCAUACUUCUACAAUGACAAGUGCACGGUAUUUGUGUCAAAUAUAGACUUGAAGGCAAAUGAGGAGAACCUCCGACAUUUCUUUUCUGACAUUGGUGGUGUGACAGCAAUAAGGUUGCUGAAGGACAAAUUCACCAAAAAGUCAAGGGGGCUGGCCUAUGUGGACUUUUCAGACAACGAGCAUGUUGAGGCAGCCAUUAAGAAAAACAGGCAGAAGUUGCUUGGAAAGAAAGUGAGCAUCGCUCGUUCGGAUCCGAGCAAGAGUAAGAAGAACCGUGAAGCAGGCCCGUUCUCCAAAGGCCAGGAUAAAUUGCCUCAGAGUGGCGAUGAUGGUGCAAAAGCACUAGGAUCCAGUAGACCAGACAAGGAAAUACCCGAAGGUGACACGAAAAUCACAGGGAAGAACACCUUUGCUGCACCACGAGCUGUGGUUAAACCUCUUGGAUGGACCCAAAGGGAUGAGAAAUCAGACGGUGGUUCAGAAGAGUUAAAAUCAAAUGAGGAGUUCAGAAAUAUGUUACUUAAGAAGUGAUGUUCGUAGCCAGGUGCGUGAAUCUCCAUAUCCCGUCCAGCUUGAUCUGACUAGAUUUCCGGUGGCUCCAUGCUUAUGUUAUGCUUAACUAGGGAUCCGCGAUAUUUGGAAGUGAAUGGAGGUUGCGCCUUCGGCUAAAUCAAGGAGGGUAACUAGCACCCGGGGAUUCAGAAUCAUUGGCGAAGAGCUGCGAGUAUUUCUGUUAACCGAGGGAUAUUAUAUGCCAUGUAGAAACUAGUAGUUUGUUGGGAAUAAUGUAUGUGACGUUGCGUCGGAGCAGAAAUGCCUGCCCAUGUAAAUCGAAAUCAGUGGUCGUAACAGAUUACGGUUCUUUAUCAUUGGCAGUGCCGCGGAAACAUCUCAGCGUCUCAAAAAAAAAAAAAAGGUAAUAUUAUGUAUACAUAAUGGUUGGAGUAGGAAAUUUUGCUAGUAUGUUCAAAUUUGUGUUAACCAUUAGGCUAUUUAUUUAUUAAUUCAAGCAUGAUAAACGGUCAAAUACGUACACAUGCAAAUUCCCUUUCGAA